UUACUAUCCAAACCGUCAUUUAACAAACAAAUAUUACGCACAGACGAAAGAGAGAGAAGAGAGAUAGAGAUCGAGAGAGGACACACGGAGUAACCCAUGUCUGUGUGCAACCCGCCUCCCUGCGCUCUCAAUAGAUGGUGCAAGUCAAAAUGUCCAAAUCGCCCGUAGACCCACUGUCUGCUGUGGAAACAGGCUCUCAAUCGCACUAUUUUCAGCUUCCCAGGAAGUUGCCUAAACGCAAGAGCCGCUUCAAACGCUCAGAUGGCAGCACGUCUUCUGACACAACAUCCAGCUUCAUCAAACGGCAGGGGUCGGCUGAUUCGUACACCAGUAGACCGUCGGAUUCAGACCUGUCAGCAGAGGAGGACCGCGAGGCGUAUCGGCGUGAAGCCGAGCGCCAGGCACAGCUGCAGCUCGACAGAGCUAAGUCCAAACCUGUAGCGUUUGCAGUAAAGACGAAUGUGAGUUACUGUGGAGCUCUGGAUGAGGACUGUCCCGUCCAAGGAGCUGCAGUCAAUUUCGAUGCCAAAGACUUCCUGCACAUCAAAGAAAAGUAUAACAAUGACUGGUGGAUCGGCCGGCUAGUAAAAGAAGGAGCAGACAUCACCUUCAUCCCCAGCCCUCUACGACUGGAGGCGAUGAGACUCAAACAGGAGCAGAAACAAAGGAAAACAGGGGGUAACUCCUCUAGUUUAGGGGACAUGGUGACUGGGAGUUGGAGGACCACACCGCCAUCUGCAGGUGAAUCCAAACAGAAGCAAAAACAGGAACAUGUCCCUCCCUACGACGUGGUGCCCUCUAUGAGGCCGGUGGUCCUCGUGGGACCAUCGCUGAAGGGCUAUGAGGUGACAGAUAUGAUGCAGAAAGCUCUUUUUGACUUCCUGAAACACAGAUUUGAGGGAAGAAUCUCAAUCACCCGUGUAACUGCCGACCUGUCUUUAGCCAAGAGAUCUGUCCUCAACAAAAGACCCAUAAUGGAGAGAUCCAACACCCGCUCCAGCCUAGCGGAGGUUCAGAGUGAGAUUGAGAGGAUAUUUGAGCUCGCCAAAACCCUGCAGCUGGUGAUUCUGGACGCGGACACCAUCAACCAUCCCGCACAGCUAGCCAAAACCUCCCUCGCACCCAUCAUUGUCUACGUUAAAGUUUCCUCACCAAAGGUGCUCCAGAGGCUGGUCAAAUCCAGGGGGAAGUCUCAGAGCAAGCACCUGAAUGUGCAGAUGAUGGCUGCAGACAAACUCUCUCAGUGCCCCCCUGAUAUGUUUGAUGUCAUUUUGGAUGAGAACCAGCUGGAAGAUGCUUGUGAGCAUUUGGCUGAAUACCUGGAAGUCUACUGGCGUGCCACUCACCUCCCAGGCAACACCCCUCUUAACCCCUUAUUGGAGCAGAGUCUGAUGACCCCGCCUUCUGCCAUCUCUAGCCUACAGAACAAGAACCAGCCGCAGCCUCGCGAGGCGGUGGGCUUGGAGGGUGAGGAGGAGGAGGCAGGCGAGGAGGCCCACUCCCCCUUGGAGCAGGACAGUCUUAUGCCGUCCGACGAGGCCAGCGACUCCCUGUCUCGCGGCCGGAGGGGGAGCCCGUGCCACAGGGUGGGCGAGGAGGACGAAGAGGAGGAGGAAGAAGAAGAAGAAGAGGAGGAGGAGGAAGAGGAGGAGGAUGAGUACGCCUCCCCUUGCCAUGCUCGCACAUACAGGGACAUGUACCCCCCUCACCGUGGGCACACAGGCAGUGCCCACAGUGCCAACGGGCACGAGUCACAGGACAGGCUGCUCCAACGCGAAGCUCAGCAAGGUCACAACCAGCGGAACAACCGCCAGCGCAGCCGCCCCUGGCCUCGAGACACCUACUGAGGAACAAGCCCCCCCAAACCGGCCUCCAGAUCAACACCAAGAUCUCCCCGAGCCCUCCAACUGUCGUACGUUCCCAAACAAACUACUUAGAGAUGAAAAAAGUCGCCCCCAAAAUCAGCUCCAAACUUUAAAUCUGGAACCAACAGACACAGACGCCCAUCAGAGGCUAUCAAGCAAACAACUGUAGGUCUAUUUUUUAAAAGUAUUUCCAGCCGCCGCUCCUCCAGACUCCCAGUUUAUCUAAACCGAGAGGAUGUAAUGACCCUCUCCAGAUUCAGAUAAAAGUCAACAGGGCUACUCACCUCUGCAAUGGAAAGGUUUCAGGCUACCAGCUGUACGCAAACUCAAACUUUAGCUGCUUUGCCUAAGGUUUCUCUAUUGUAGGAUGUCUCAUAUACUGGCCUUAAAAUUCCUAAGACUUUUAAAACUAUCUUUACUAUUGCAUGUGUGGAUAUAAUUAUUUUAAGACUAUUUGCACAUUAAUGUCAGAACAGGAACUGAAUGAAUCUUUACGGAUAAACUAAUGUAGGAAUGUCUACUGUUGAAUCCACUUAUGGGAAAUAGUAAUGCAUUUGAUUACAAUGUAUAUACUGAAUGGGCAACCUGGUUUUGUUUCAUUGCUACUAUAUUUGUUUGAUUCUGUUAAUAUGAACUUGUUUGUUGUUUCAGAGAAAAAUGUCGCCAUCCAUGUGUUCAGUCAGUUUGUACUCUGAAGGCGGCGGUGAGCGGCAGGCGGGAGGGAGACACAUAGGGUUAAUCUUUUGAAAGGGCCACAAUGAAAGUAAGCAGUACAAAAGCUGCAGCACAGCGUCAGUGUCACCUACAGUACAGUACAGUACAGUACGUUCUGGGCAUCGCUCGUCUUUGCUGUUGCACAAUCACACUCUUUACACCUCUGAAGAUCUUUAAAAAAAGAAAAAGCAAAAAAAAAAAACACGGGCACAGAGAAUGUAAACACAACCAAGAAAAAGGGAAUGUUAUCUUUUAAAAGGAUGAAUUAUUUGCCAAACUGCUUGUUUACAUCGAAUCAUUCACAUAUUAUCGAGCACACGCUGCACAGCCGCAGCUCCUCUUCUGAAAAAAAAAAUCCAGGCUUCAGAGAAUGUAAGCUUGCAUGCCUUUUUGCACCUCCCCCCCCCUCCUCCGGUGUCUCUACGACCCAACCGAUCGCCCUGUAAUUCGAUUGUAGCACGUUAUUGAUUGUAGCAUCCACAAGUUUCUACACCUUCUCUCACUCCCCCCUCGUACGUCUGCGCCAAACAUCGUUUUCUGCGUGUGUGUGUGUGUGUACUGCAGUUUUACAGUCGAUUAGGUUUUUACCAAGGCAGAUCCUCAGGUGUAAAGUCCUACACACUCAUCGCGCUCAACUCCACGUUAACGAAUGUGUCGUGCUCCUGAAGGACUCGUAGCACCCCUCCCCGUGACACGAUGUCAUUCUGUUCCUGCGCCAUUUAUUAGUCCAUGAGCCGAUGGUGGGUUUCGGACGCGAUGCUGAUAAAACGAGCAGCUUCUGUUCACAUACUGUUAACAGCUGGCUUUAGGAAUUACUGGUUUACUGCUUCCAUGUCUCACAGGUAUCUUUUUCUCUCUCUCUCUCUCUAUCUAGUGUUCUGUAUAUUUUGAAGAGAUUAAAAAAAAAAAAAUUUUAAAAAUCAGCAUGAUUGAAAAAAAAAAUAAGAAAAAAAAUCUAUGCAAGUGUUGCAUGAAAAUCUGAUUGUUUCUUUUUACAGUUAAGUAUUUUAGUAAUGCAUCGAUUCUGAUUCUCCUCGUUGUCUUGUAGUGAUAGUCUUGUCUUUGGGGCUACUCACUCCUCACACCACUAACAACAACAACACUAUUUACUUAUUAAAUCAGAAUGCAUCAGUUUAUUUAUCCACAAAAACCGGAAUAUUGGGGACAUUUUUCCUCCCACAAUAUUGGCUGGACGCUGGUUUUGACGCACUUUUUAAAAGUCACUCACUAAGAAAAUUGUCCCGGUCCCAGAUCAGGCCUGCGAAUUUAUUUAUUUUAUUUUUUAAAUUUGUGAUAAAAAAAAACCAAAAAAAAAAAGGAAUGAGUGAAUUAUUAAAGCCCUGCAUGUGUUAGUUCACCAAUUAGCUAUUUUCAUUAUAUUUUGGCAGAAUAUGUUUUUUCAAAGCGGACCAAUUUAGCAACUGAUAAAAGCAGUUGAGGUUUUUUCAAUUUAUGAAGCACAAUUUUUACAAGGGUUAUAAUUUAGUUCUCCUCUGUCUUAUUCUGUAUGCAAUACUAAAGCCUAACAUUGAAAAACUUUAAACGCCUUAGACCAUCUGGACUUCCUCUUUUUUGUGUGAGUAGAGAAAAAAAAAAAUUGCACUACUGUUUUUUUGGGAUGGUUGCUUUGUAAUGCAAUAACUGCACUAAAUAUAACCGUGUAUCCACCAGACUACCACAGCGUGCUAGCGUGACCCAACACGCCUCUUCCCUUCUAUUUAUCAAAAAGAGACAGAAAAUGUGUAAAAAGUGAGACAUUUCCUGCCUGAUGCUGUAUAGAAUGCUUUCUAUUUGAAAAUAGAUUUACAAUGCUAAGUAAAAUAUGACUUAAACAAAAUAAACAUGACAUUUUAUGUA